GGGGAUGAUAAAGCGAAAUAUUGUCAAUAAAACGGCGAAGGAGCCGGAAGACUUCCUCUCUUUAAAAACCGAAUAAAUUCAUUUAAAUCGUUGUUGUUUAAGUAUUUAAAUUAAUCAAUAAAAAAGUUUUGAAAGUGAGAAAAGAAGCUUUGAGAUUUUUGGCAAAAUCUUUAAAAUUUAUUUGUUGCUUUAAUUUUUGGAAUCGUUUCAAGAAAUGAACGGGGAUGUAAAUAAUAAAUAAUAAAAAGGAAAUCGGGUGAAUAUUGAAACCGAAUUUUAACGAAGAAAGAGUUGUUGGACGAUGUUGGCUGAUGAAGGCGCCGAAGAAGAGGGCAAAAGUUGCCGUCUCCGAGGAUGCGAUCUUUAGCUUUAAUCGCGUGUCUUUGGGCGCUUUUUGUCGUUUCGUUGCCUACGGUUGGACAGCGACUUGUUAAUCCAAAGAAAUAUCACAACGGUGAAGAGGAGGAUUUGUCCGGAUACGAAGACUAUGAAGAUGACGCAAAUAGUACCGAAAAAGGGACUUUUGUUGGUGCCCCAUGUGACGAAACGUGUUAUUCGAAACUUCAACAUGUUUUUUGCAAUCAAAUCACGAAAUUGUGUGAAUGCGAAAAAAAAUAUCCGGUUAAACUCAAUCCUUACACCGGAUGUAGUAAACCUACGAAACUGGGCGAACAAUGCUAUUACAAGGAAUCUUGCAGGUUUGCCGACCAAUAUUCUUCCUGUGUACAAGUUCAUCACAACGCAAUCUGUCAGUGUCGAAAUGGAUAUCAUUCUGUUUCAAUACAGAAACCGUCGAAAAGAGUUUUUUGCGCCGAAGAUGCAGUGGUCAUGACGACGAAUUUUUCAACAUUUGCUGGCGUUUUAUCGGGAAUCGCCUUACUUUCUGGUCUGAUUUGUUUCGUAUUGAAACUUUUUAAUCAGAAUUUGUACACCGGAAGACAUCGGUAUGGAAACGCCAAUUUACCACCACCGAUUCUCUUUUCAAGCGAAGCAGGAUUACUACCAAUGGCCCUGAUCGAUCGACAAAUGACCUCGAGCAUUUCGAGCCAACGCACGUUCGGCUCGACUAGUGUUCAAAGUCGAAGGGCCAGCUCGGCCUUACAGAACAGAGGGGCCCCGAUAAUGGCCUCAUCAACCAUCGCCCCUUCAAGAACAGGUUCAAGAAGGCCAAGUAUAGCUUCGGUACAUAGCACGAAUUCAAUUCGAAGUUACAGCAUGAGACGUUACGAAAAGGAGCGAGAACAAAAAGAGGAACGUGAAAUGCAAAAAAGAUUGGCUAGGAUGCAAUCGUUGACGAAUUCCACUUCGAGGAUUCCACCGACGCCAAGUCCGCAUUCAACGGACGAUUUGUUGCCAACUUUAGAAGAAGAUAAACAGGUUCCUUUAGCCAUAUCAGAGGAGAGCUCAAAUAGUUUCCAAGAGGACAUUCCGUCUACUUCAAAACAAUACCCUUAGAUAGCUCGAAUGUACAAUAACAAGCUUUUUUUCAAUUUGUUAGGUUAUUAAGAGGCCUAAAAACAAUCCUUGUUAACAAAUCGAAAUUUGUAACGAUUUUUUUUUAUUUAAAACGAAAAAAUGAUCCAAUAUCAAUAUCCCCUUAAAAAGUGUAAACAUUCAUAGGUUUUUAAGUCGAUGUAAUAACAAUUUUUAUUAUUGUUGUUGAAAAAUGUAUAUAAUAUACAAGA